AAUCGCCAAUCACACUACCAGAGCUACUUCAAAUUAGGUUUUCUCUUCAGCUUUAGGGUUUCGUAUCGAAUCGCUUCGUUUCUUCAAUCACUUCCUUCAGGCUUAGGGUUUUUGCUUCUAUAGCUUUUUUCAGGUUCCGCUUCUUCGAUGGCGCACCUUGGUGGUGGUGCGGAGGCGCACGCUCGGUUCAAGCAGUACGAAUACCGAGCCAAUUCGAGCUUAGUUCUCACCACCGACUCUCGCCCCCGUGACACCCACGAACCCACCGGCGAACCGGAAUCCCUGUGGGGAAAGAUCGACCCUAGAAGCUUCGGCGACCGCGCCUCCCGCGGUCGUCCCCCUGAGCUUGAUGAGAAGCUCGAGAAGGCAAAGAACAAGAAGAAGAAGAAGGACCGUGAUGCCGCCGCCGUGGACUCCGUCCCCAGCCGCCAGAGCAAGCGGAGGCGCCUCCAGGAAGAUAGCGUCCUCACCUCCACCGAGGAGGGCGUGUACCAGCCGAAAACAAAGGAAACCAGGGCUGCCUAUGAGGCCAUGCUUAGUGUCAUCCAGCAACAGCUCGGUGGCCAGCCACUUAGCAUCGUUAGCGGGGCUGCCGAUGAGAUUCUCGCCGUGCUUAAGAACGAUGCUGUUAAGAACCCUGAAAAGAAGAAGGAUAUUGAGAAGUUGUUGAAUCCAAUUCCCAGUGGUGUUUUUGAUCAGCUGGUUUCAAUUGGGAAGCUCAUAACUGAUUUCCAAGAGGCUGCAGAAGCUGCCAAUGGUUCUGCUGGUGCUUUGGAUGGUGAGGAUGGGCUUGACGAUGACGUUGGCGUUGCAGUUCAGUUUGAGGAUAAUGAGGAUGAGGAUGAGGAGAGUGAUCUUGAUAUGGUUCAGGAGGAGGAAGAGGACGAGGAUGAUCUUGCUGAGCCCAAUGGGACUGGGGGUAUGCAAAUGGGUGGUGGGAUUGAUGAAGAAGAUAUGGAGGAAGCCAAUGAAGGGAUGGGACUCAAUGUACAGGAUAUAGAUGCGUAUUGGCUUCAGAGGAAAAUCUCUCAGGCCUUUGAGCAGCAGAUUGAUCCGCAACAGUGCCAGAAACUCGCCGAAGAGGUGCUCAAGAUUCUGGCUGAAGGUGAUGACAGGGAGGUUGAGAACAAGCUGUUGUUCCAUCUGGAGUUCGAUAAGUUCAGCCUCAUUAAGUUUCUUUUGCGGAAUAGGCUGAAGAUUGUGUGGUGUACCCGCUUGGCGAGGGCAGAAGACCAGGAUGAAAGAGAGAAAAUUGAAGAUGAAAUGAAGGGGACUGAUUUGCAACCAAUUUUGGAGCAAUUGCAUGCUACAAGGGCCUCUGCCAAGGAGAGGCAAAAGAAUUUGGAGAAGAGUAUAAGAGAAGAGGCUCGCCGGUUGAAGGAUGAUACUGGCGGAGAUGGGGAUAAGGACAGGGACAGGAGCAGGAGGGGACUCGGAGAUAGAGAUGCAGAGAGUGGUUGGCUGAAGGGUCAGCGCCAGAUGCUUGAUUUGGAUAGCCUUGCUUUUGCGCAAGGUGGAUUGUUUAUGGCAAAAAAGAAGUGUGACCUUCCAGAUGGGUCUUAUAGGCAUCUCAGCAAGGGUUAUGAAGAAAUCCAUGUGCCAGCCUUGAAGCCUAAACCAAUUGAUGCUAAUGAGAAGUUCAUAGAAAUAUCCUCUAUGCCCCACUGGGCACAACCAGCCUUUAAAGGAAUGACACGGUUGAAUAGGGUACAGAGCAAGGUUUACGACACCGCCCUCUUCAAGCCUGAUAAUCUUUUGCUAUGUGCUCCAACUGGGGCUGGAAAAACUAAUGUUGCUGUUCUCACAAUACUUCAACAGAUUGCACAGCACAGAAAUGCUGAUGAUGGUUCAAUUGACCAUGGUGCCUAUAAAAUUGUUUAUGUUGCGCCUAUGAAAGCUCUUGUAGCUGAGGUUGUUGGUAAUUUGUCCAAUCGUUUGCAGGAUUAUGGUGUUAAAGUUAGGGAGCUCAGUGGAGAUCAAUCACUUACCCGUCAACAGAUAGAAGAGACUCAAAUUAUUGUGACAACUCCUGAGAAGUGGGAUAUUGUCACUCGAAAGUCAGGAGAUCGGACUUAUACUCAACUUGUAAAGCUUCUUAUCAUUGAUGAGAUUCACCUUCUUCACGAUAACAGAGGACCUGUUCUUGAAAGUAUUGUUGCUAGAACUGUAAGGCAUAUUCAAACCACAAAGGACUAUAUUCGGUUGGUGGGAUUGUCUGCUACUCUCCCUAAUUAUGAAGAUGUGGCACUCUUUUUACGUGUUGAUCUGAAGAAGGGGUUGUUUUAUUUUGAUAAUAGUUAUAGGCCUGUUCCUCUUUCUCAACAGUAUAUUGGAAUCACAGUAAAGAAGCCCCUUCAGAGGUUCCAGUUGAUGAAUGAUAUCUGUUAUGAGAAAGUUAUGGCUGUUGCUGGAAAGCAUCAGGUUCUUAUCUUUGUACAUUCAAGGAAAGAAACUGCCAAAACUGCUAGAGCUAUCAGAGAUACUACACUUGCAAAUGAUACUCUGGGUAGGUUCCUCAAAGAUGAUAGUGCAAGCCGCGAGAUUCUUCACACUCAUACUGAUCUUGUCAAGAGCAAUGAUCUUAAAGACCUUCUGCCAUAUGGUUUUGCAAUUCAUCAUGCUGGUAUGACCAGGACAGAUCGCCAGCUUGUUGAGGAUCUCUUUGCUGAUGGACAUGUACAAGUUUUGGUAUCCACUGCGACCCUUGCCUGGGGUGUGAAUCUCCCUGCUCAUACGGUGAUUAUUAAAGGGACACAGAUUUACAAUCCUGACAAGGGAGCCUGGACUGAACUAAGUCCUCUUGAUGUGAUGCAAAUGCUGGGUCGUGCUGGAAGGCCCCAGUAUGACUCAUAUGGUGAGGGAAUAAUUGUUACUGGCCAUAGUGAGUUGCAGUAUUACCUCUCUCUUAUGAACCAACAACUUCCAAUUGAGAGCCAGUUUGUGUCUAAGCUGGCUGAUCAACUGAAUGCCGAAAUUGUUCUGGGUACUGUUCAAAAUGCUAGGGAAGCUUGUAAUUGGAUUUUGUACACUUACUUGUAUGUCCGUAUGUUGAGGAAUCCUUCAUUAUAUGGUUUAUCACCUGAUGUCGUAGCAAGAGAUAUAAUGUUGGAGGAGAGGAGGGCUGAUUUGAUUCAUACGGCAGCAAGCAUCUUAGAUAGAAAUAAUUUGGUGAAGUAUGAUAGGAAGACCGGAUAUUUUCAGGUCACUGACUUGGGUCGCAUUGCAAGCUACUACUACAUAACACAUGGAACCAUAUCCACUUAUAAUGAGCAUUUGAAGCCUACAAUGGGAGACAUCGAACUUUGUCGGUUGUUCUCACUGAGUGAAGAAUUCAAGUACGUGACAGUAAGGCAGGACGAGAAAAUGGAGCUAGCAAAGCUUUUGGAUCGCGUUCCCAUUCCCAUCAAGGAAAGUCUAGAAGAGCCAAGUGCCAAGAUCAAUGUUUUACUGCAAGUGUACAUUGCACGAUUAAAGCUCGAAGGGCUUUCACUGACAUCUGAUAUGGUCUUUAUAACUCAGAGUGCUGGACGUCUUUUGCGGGCUCUCUUUGAGAUUGUUCUGAAACGUGGUUGGGCGCAGUUGGCUGAGAAGGCUUUGGACUUAUGCAAGAUGGUGACCAAGAGGAUGUGGAGUGUCCAAACUCCUCUUCGUCAGUUCAAUGGAAUCCCAAGUGAUAUUUUAACGAAGUUGGAGAAGAAAGAUUUGGCUUGGGAAAGGUAUUAUGACCUAUCAUCACAAGAGAUAGGUGAACUGAUUCGCGCACCAAAGAUGGGAAGGACGCUGCAUAAAUUUAUCCAUCAAUUUCCGAAACUGAACCUUGCUGCCCAUGUGCAGCCAAUAACUCGCACUGUUUUGGGGGUUGAGCUCACGAUUACUCCAGAUUUUUCAUGGGACGACAGAGUUCAUGGAUAUGUUGAACCAUUCUGGGUGAUUGUGGAGGAUCAUGAUGGCGAAUAUAUUCUUCAUCAUGAGUAUUUUAUUUUGAAAAAACAAUAUAUCGAUGAGGAUCACACUCUUAGUUUCACAGUGCCAAUAUAUGAGCCUCUUCCUCCUCAAUACUUCAUACGUGUUAUUUCAGAUAGAUGGCUUAGAUCAGAAACUGUUUUACCUGUUUCUUUCAGGCACCUAAUCUUACCUGAAAAGUAUCCUCCACCAACUGAACUAUUGGAUCUGCAACCACUGCCCGUGACUGCCUUACGAAAUCCAUCGUAUGAAGCCCUCUAUUAGGACUUUAAGCAUUUUAAUCCUGUUCAGACGCAAGUCUUCACUGUUCUGUAUAAUUCUGAUGACAAUGUCUUGGUUGCUGCAUCAACAGGGAGUGGUAAGACUAUAUGUGCAGAAUUUGCUAUUUUGAGGAAUCAUCAAAAAGGGCCUGAUAGUGUCAUGCGUGUUGUUUUUGUUGCACCCAUUGAAGCUCUUGCCAAGGAACAGUAUCGCGAUUGGGAGAAGAAAUUUGGAGGUGGCCUUAAAUUGAGGGUGGUUGAAUUGACUGGAGAAACAGCAACUGACUUGAAACUGCUUGAGAAAGGUCAGAUUAUCAUUAGUACUCCAGAGAAAUGGGAUGCUUUAUCCCGCCGUUGGAAACAAAGGAAACAUGUUCAACAAGUUAGUCUUUUCAUCAUAGAUGAGCUCCACUUAAUUGGAGGUCAAGGAGGACCUGUUUUGGAGGUCGUCGUUUCAAGAAUGAGAUAUAUUGCUAGUCAGGUUGAAAACAAGAUUCGUAUUGUGGCUUUAUCUACCUCACUUGCAAAUGCAAAGGAUCUGGGAGAAUGGAUUGGAGCUACUUCCCAUGGCCUUUUCAAUUUCCCACCUGGCUUUCGUCCUGUGCCAUUAGAAAUACACAUUCAGGGUGUAGACAUUGCCAAUUUUGAGGCAAGGAUGCUGGCAAAGACCAAACCAACUCACACUGCAAUUGUUCAACAUGCCAAGAAUGGGAAACCUGCUCUCAUAUUUGUACCUACAAGGAAGCAUGUCCGACUGAAGGCUGUAGAUCUGAUUACAUACUCAAGUGCAGACAGUGGAGAGAAGCCAUUUUUAUUGCACUCCGCAGAAGAGCUUGAACCUUUUCUUGACAAGAUUAGUGAUGAAAUGUUGGAAGUCACUUUACGUGAAGGAGUGGGAUACUUGCAUGAGGGCUUGAACAGUCUUGAUCAUGACAUUGUGACACAGCUAUUUGAAGCUGGCUGGAUUCAGGUCUGUGUUUUGAGCAGUUCCAUGUGUUGGGGAAUGACGUUGUCAGCUCAUUUGGUAGUUGUGAUGGGUACACAAUAUUAUGAUGGGCGGGAAAAUGCGCAUACUGAUUACCCAGUUACUGAUCUUCUGCAGAUGAUGGGUCAUGCUAGCCGUCCUUUGGUUGACAAUUCUGGUAAAUGUGUCAUCUUGUGCCAUGCGCCUCGUAAGGAGUACUACAAGAAGUUUUUGUAUGAAGCAUUCCCGGUUGAAAGCCAUCUUCAUCACUACUUACAUGAUAACUUGAAUGCUGAAAUUGUUGCUGGAAUUAUUGAGAACAAGCAAGAUGCUGUUUAUCUUACAUGGACAUUCAUGUACAGGCGGCUCACACAGAAUCCUAACUAUUACAAUUUACAAGGAGUUAGUCACAGACAUCUUUCUGAUCACCUCUCAGAGAUGGUGGAAAAUACAUUGAGUGAUUUAGAAGCGAGCAAGUGUAUUUCUAUUGAGGAUGAUAUGGACCUUUCUCCUCUGAAUCUUGGAAUGAUAGCCUCAUAUUAUUACAUUAGUUACACCACAAUUGAACGAUUUUCAUCAUCUUUGACUUCGAAAACAAAAAUGAAGGGUCUUUUGGAGGUUCUUGCAUCAGCUUCUGAAUAUGCUCAGCUUCCAAUACGACCUGGGGAGGAAGAGGUGGUUCGUAGGUUAAUCAAUCACCAGAGGUUUUCCUUUGAAAACCCCAAAGUGACAGAUCCGCAUGUUAAAGCUAAUGCUUUGCUUCAGGCCCAAUUCUCAAGGCAUUUUGUAGGUGGGAACCUUGCAUUGGACCAUAGAGAGGUGCUUCUUUCUGCAAAUAGACUGCUUCAGGCAAUGGUAGAUGUAAUAUCGAGCAGUGGUUGGCUGAGCCUGGCUCUUCUCGCUAUGGAAGUUAGUCAAAUGGUGACGAAGGGAAUGUGGGAAUGCGACUCCAUGCUAUUACAGCUUCCUCACUUCACAAAGGAUCUGGCUAAGAAAUGCCAGGAGAACCCGGGGAAGAGUAUAGAAACUGUGUUUGAUUUAUUAGAGAUGGAGGAUGAUGAGAGGCGUGAAUUGUUGGGCAUGUCAGAUUUACAGUUGUUGGAUAUUGCCCGAUUUUGCAAUCGUUUCCCUAAUAUUGAUUUGUCGUAUGAGGUGUUGCACAGUGACAAUGUGCGGGCUGGGGAGGAUAUCACAAUACAGGUUACUCUUGAGCGGGAUCUUGAGAGUAAGACUGAACUAGGACCUGUUGAUGCUCCCAGGUAUCCAAAAGCCAAGGAAGAAGGAUGGUGGCUUGUUGUUGGUGAUACGAAAACCAACUUGUUGCUUGCCAUUAUACGGGUUUCCCUGCAGCGGAAGUUAAAAGUCAAGCUGGAGUUUGCUGCUCCUGCUGAUGCUGGAAAGAAAUCCUAUGCACUUUAUUUCAUGUGUGAUUCAUACCUGGGUUGUGAUCAGGAGUAUGGUUUCACUGUUGAUGUUAAGGAAGCAGAUGGCGGUGAUGAGUAUAACGGCAGAGACUGAAAAGUUUCAUGAAUCUGCAAAUGGUAUGGAAGGAUAUUACUUCCCUGUUGAAGAUUAUGUCUUCUUCUGGCAAGGAAGCAUUUGCAGCAAUAGGAACUAACACUGUAGGUUGCUUAUUGGAACACUGUAGCCAGCGGGGUAUUAGUGGUAGCAUUAGGAAGCAAAGUGUAUAGGUUACCUUCUUUCUUGUUUUUUGGUUUUUUUGCUUUGGGAUAGUUAUGUCACUGUAGUAUAAUAUGAAAAUAACACU